CACUGACUCCACUGACACUGACACCGCGACGGCGACGACGGCGACGACGAGCGUGAAAAAGAUGGCGGCGCUCAUCAGGCAUGGCUCGUUCGCCAACGCUUUUAGAAGUACCUCGGCUAUACUCGUCGUUAACACGGCGACCGCGCGUCGCGAUAUCGCCCGGCACAAGAAGAGCAAGGCCGUCAAACCGGUGGUGAGGGCGAGGAUAGAUUCGGCCGGAGAAUCCUUGGCCGCUCGCGGAUUUUUGAGGUCGCAGAAAGCUUAUGAACCCCCCAAAGAUGUGGUUGAGAGAAUUGAUAAAAUCUGCGAGAGUCAAGCCAUCUCCACGCACGAUGACACGAAACUAGAAGACCCUGUUCUUCGUUUCAAACUAUUUGUCGCCUGUGAGGGGGAAUUUAAGCAUUCCAUCCCGAAUUCGUUGCUUCAUACCAUCGAUAAUAUCGAUGACUUGAAACAGUUUUAUACGACAUCGGUGGACACUAAGACCCCCUACGAAGCGUUAAGUAGGAUAGAUUUGCCCAAGAACUUGCACGUUCAACAGGAGUAUCAUCGAUUUCAUCCAGAUACCGAUACAUUAUUUAACGGCAAAACGGCCUUCCCGAAAAGUUCUACCCUUGUGACCAGUAUCAAGUAUAAAAAGAAAUAUCCUGGGCAUAAGCAAGACAAUCCAUGGUUGGACGAGCAGAUGAAGAUAUAAAUAAUCUAUUGUCAGAUAAUUAUAAUCGCGACAAAAGUGUUGUUAGACAAUAAAUUUGUUAAACAACGCA